AUGGUAGUGGCUGGAAAUCAUGAAGACGAUGGCAAAAACUUCACGGACUAUCAAGAGCGAUUUUGGAUGCCAGACAAUGGCUUCAACGAUAGCCAGUUCUACAGCUUCGAUAUUGGUCCGAUCCACUGGGUUGGUAUCAGUGCAGAAUAUUACGGCUAUUAUUACGCAUAUGGUAUGGACCCGGUCACAACACAAUACAACUGGCUGAAAAAUGAUUUGAAGAUGGCAAGCGCAAAUCGAGCGACAACCCCAUGGAUCAUCACCUUUCAACAUCGACCGUUCUACUGCAGUAACGUCAACUCUGCUGAGUGUCAGUCGUUUGAAAAUCGACUGAUCCGAACUGGUUGGCUGGACAUGCCUGGAUUGGAACCGCUGUUUCUUCAGUAUGGUGUGGACAUGGGCUUCUGGGGUCACGAACACUCCUACGAGCGAUUCUAUCCGAUUGCCGAUAGACAGUUCUACAAUACAUCUGAUGCGUACACCAAUCCCAAAGCUCCAGUUUAUAUCAUCACCGGAUCAGCCGGCUGCCAUUCAGGUUACGCUCUGUUCUCUGACAAUCCGUGGCCGUUCAGCGCUGCUCGAUUUAAUGACUACGGCUAUUCGAUCCUCACCGUAGCCAAUUCCACCCACUUACACUUUGAGCAAAUUUCGAUUGAGAAAAAUGACACGGCUGUGGACGAUUUAUGGAUAAUAAAGACUAAUGCGCACAUUCACUCGCAAUCAUUGAGAGCACAGUUUCCUGGUUGGAAGUUCCCGAAGACGAAAUGUCAUCCGAAAAAUGUCGCAUGUAGAAUGUCACUGCAGCAGCUGAACGAAGAGUUGUAG